AUGGCGGUUCUCUCAAAGCAAGGCUUGGCCGUGUUGGCUGCAGCCGCGUGGACUCAGACCACGUCUGCUACCCGCGUCGCCUUCAUGUCUGAAGAAAACUGUUUAGGGACCAUCAUGUACAUGGCUCCCAACGUAACCCAGGAAAUCCAAUGCUACGACCUCACGGGGUACGACGGGAUCCCAUCGGUUGAUGUCCUGAACACAACCCCUGGCCUUGUGGUCAACUUUUUCUCGGAUUCGAAAUGCCAAAAUGCCGUCGCUGCCGCCGACGUAGACGGAUGCAACAAUGACUUGGACCCGUUCGGAAGUUGGUCCAUCACGAGAAAUGCCUCGGCCGCUGCAGACACAACAGAUCUCGAGACUGUUCCAGGAAACAUCAAGAUGGGAAAUUACACGCAAAUGGCGCUGACGGACCCAAACAUCGAUCUAAGUUUCAAUUUUCCUACUGUGUCAGCCACCGUUUUUGGUACGGCCAGUCUUGGUCUUACCAUUUAUGGCGCGGUAUACGCGUGUGUUUCUGCUACGGAUGGCACAGCCGCCGACAUUGUCGCCUGCAUUGCAGGCCCCAUCGCCACUAUCCUUGGUUCCGUCACUGGAUACCUCUAUGCUCGCUCCGGCGCGGCGGCGCGUGUCAACCAGGACAUCGACUUGGCCACGGGGACCUUCACCAACGUGCGCAAGCGUGAGGCAAUGGACUCGGCGCUUCACAGCUACUUGGGAGAGUUGCUCCCGGGCAGUUCGCAUGUCGGUUACAUGUAUCAUGCUCAAUAUGAUCAACCGAGCCCGAUGUAUGAAAUUGAGCCGAUGCCUGGCCACAAAGUCCACAUCUCAGCGUUCAUCAACGACGGGGGAUCCAUCACCCAUCAUCUCCACUUCGCAGAGGAGACUGAGAUCGCCAAACGAGCUCAAGGGAUCAGUGAACGAGCUGCACCAUACCCAUACAAUGGCAUUAGAUGGGGUAGAGGAGGUUUCGAUUGGAAUUUGUGCCCCUACAGUGGCGCUGGCAACGCAGGCUUGGCUCCGGAUCCGUCUACCUAUUACAAUGCAUUCUACGACCAGAUCACUUGCAUCUUCCCCACCACGGAUCCUUACAAGGCCUCGACUGCUAUGCAGGCUGACUUGUACGACACAAACAGCGUCCUCGUUGCGGACAUUGAGAUUAUCCCUUACGGGGCAACCUUCAGUUCAGGAGCUCCUUCAUGCAACAGCAGCCCUCCGCCAAUUAACGGUGAUUGUCAGAUCAACUAG